AUGGAAAUUGUAUUACAACAACAACCGACUUAUCUAACACCUGCACAAUGUGCUCUUCAAUUUAUUAAUGAUCUUCUUGAAAAUAAAGAUAUUUCUAUAUCAAUGUCUGAUAUGAUCUCACCUUCGUAUUUAAUUUCAUUAAUAAAUAUUGCAGAUAUGUUUUUAACAUAUCAACGAUCUUUAUUUUUAUCAACUGUAGCUGAAAUUGGUUCAUUAUGUUCGGAUAAAUUUUAUGAACGUGUUCAUUAUUUUAUUUCAUUUCUCGAUGAAUUAAUUGAACUUCAUGAUGAUAAUAAAUAUACAAAUUUAAUCGACAAAUAUUUAGAUCAAAUUGUUUAUGCUGAUUUAACUGAUCAUUUUAUAUCAUAUCCAAUCGUAUUACAAAUUCAAGUUAUGGCUAUUAUUGAAAGUACACCCAUACUUUAUUUUCCAUUGAUAAAAGAAGGAUCAGAAUCAGAUCAAUCAAAAAUUGAUUUAUUUCUUCAAGAUGCUGCUCGAUAUUUUUAUAAUAUAUCAUCUCGUUCACUUUAUCGUCGAAUUGUAUUUCGUCUUGAUUCAAAAAUAUCUUCACAACAAUCAAUAUUACGUGCACUAAUUAUCGGUUGUAUAUUUCUUCCAUUAACAUGUCAUUCAGCAUUCUUAGAUGAACUCUAUCAUCUUCUAUCAAAACAAUCUCAAUUAUUAUCAUUAACAAAUAUGGAAACAUUUUUUCAUGUUCUUUGGCCAACAGGUAUCAAUCAAUCAUAUUCAGUUUCACGUGUUUAUUUAUCACAACUAUUAAUUGUACGUUUAAUAAAUGUUCAUAAAUAUUUUGCACAAAUUAUUCAAAUUUGUUUUUCAAUACAUCUUCGUGUACCAAAUAUACGUGUGAAUAUAAUGGAUAUUAUUGAACCAUUAUGUGAAACGAAAGGUUUUCAACAAUAUUUAGAUCAUCAACAACAAGAAUUUAAUAUGUCUCGAUUAAAUGAUCAACAAAAUGUAUCCAUCUUAGAACCAUUAUUUCUUCAACUUUGUGAACGUAUGAAAAGAGGAUUUCGACUAAAACAAUUAUGUCGAAUGAAAAUUCGAUCUAUUCUUGCUCAAAAUACAACUAAAAAUAUACUUUCACAAGUAAAUCAAUUGAGUGAAUUGUCUGAUAGAAAUAAAGGUUAUUUGACUUAUAAUUUGGAUAUAUUGCUCAAUGAUCCAGAGAAAUUUGUUGAUUCAACACAACCACAUAAUGAACCAGUUUGGAAUUCAAGUAUUCCACCACCACCAGCAGUUAAUUGA